UGAGGAUGCUCUACAAUUGUUGCAGCACUUUGCUCCUCAUCUCACUCUGCCACAGAGUUCCCAUCGGAAUAUCAUUUGACUGACCUGCACUUUUCUCCGUCAUCGUACAACAAUGCCUGUCAAGGAGCAGCGCACCCGGGAAGUGCCGUUUUGGUGACUGGUUGCCUGGUCGUUCAUCAUUUAAAGGAAAGAAGGAAGUCAACCUCACGGUUGGAGGAAGAACGACCGAGCUUCCCUCUGAUCAAGUUCUCUCAGUCGAAAAUAUGUCAACCUCCACGGCAGACAGUGUAGGAAGAGGAACCAAAUCCUCUAAAGCAUCGAGGGAUCAUACAAAGCCCACUGCAGCUGCCCUGAAAGGAGCCAUUCAGCUUGGCAUUGGUUAUGCUGUGGGAAACCUCAGCUCCAAACCAGACAGAGAUGUUCUCAUGCAGGACUUCUCCAUGGUGGAGAGUGUUUUCCUGCCCAGUGAGGGCAGCAACCUGACUCCAGCCCAUCACUACCCAGAUUUCCGUCUGAAGACGUAUGCGCCGCUGGCCUUCCGCUACUUCCGAGAGCUGUUUGGCAUCAAACCAGACGACUAUCUGUACUCCAUGUGCAAUGAGCCCCUCAUUGAGCUGACCAACCCCGGCGCCAGCAGCUCCUGGUUCUACCUCACCAGCGACGAUGAGUUCAUCAUUAAGACGGUGCAGCACAAGGAGGCCGAGUUCCUGCAGAAGCUGCUUCCUGGUUACUACAUGAACCUCAAUCAGAACCCGAGGACGCUGCUGCCCAAGUUCUACGGCCUCUACUGCAUCCAGUGCAGCGGCGUCACCGUCCGCGUGGUGGUGAUGAACAACGUGCUGCCGCGCGCCAUGAAGAUGCACUACAAGUACGACCUGAAGGGUUCCUCGUAUAAGCGGCGCGCCUCGCGCAAAGAGCGGGUCAAAUCCUCGCCCACGUUCAAAGACCUGGACUUCCAGGAGAUGCACGAGGGCCUGCACUUUGACCCGGACACCUACAGUGCCCUGAUGAAGACCCUGCAGAGGGACUGUCGGGUCCUUGAGAGCUUUAAGAUCAUGGACUACAGCCUCCUGCUGGGGAUUCACGUCUCGGACCGGAAGCAGCUGGGCAGAGAGAACCGAUGUGACAGCAGGAAGGGACAGAAAGUCCUCUACUCCACCGCCCUGGAGUCCAUCCAGGGCAACGCCAAGGGCUCCGAACCGGUGGCUGACGACGACACGUUGGGUGGAAUUCCUGCCAAACAUAAAGAUGAGAACCUUCUCAUCUUUUUAGGAAUCAUAGACAUCCUUCAGUCCUACCGGUUCAUCAAGAAGGUGGAACACUCGUGGAAAGCUCUUGUACACGACGGGGACACCGUGUCGGUCCACAGGCCCAGCUUCUACGCGGACAGAUUUUUGAAAUUCAUGGGCUCAAUUGUUUUCAAAAAGAUGCAUCCUUUGAGAGGAGCAUCUUCAAAGAGGAAGAAGAACUCCUUCUACGCGGUAAAGGCUGCCUCUCAGGAGUUUCUGUCCCCACUGAAGGAAGAGAAGAAUGAGGAGAAGAAAGCCCAGAGCUUGGACAACCUGGAUGCAGACUGUAAGCUUUACAGUUCCUCCAAGCAACCAGAUCUCCUUCCGAGAGUUUCUUUCAAGCCCACAGGAAACAACGAAGAGGACCUUGAAAACAGUGAAGCCCGGCGAGCCUCCAGUUCAACCAUCGCUCUGGAGGAUCCUCUGCCGUCUCUCAGCGUGAGCCCCGCAGACUCUGAACUGGACGUCUACUUGGGUCACACAGACUCACCCAGGGGACCCAGCUGCAGUUGAACAGUCGUUUGUGUCUCAGCAUCCACAAUGUAAGCAGCCAAUGACAUCCAAGGACUAUUCUAAUGACUUUUAAAAAAAAUUUUUACUGAUCUUCUCUUCUGGGAAAAGACGCUGUUUCAGCCUGCCUCCAAAAAAACAGCCCAGUAGUCCGGAUGGUGACUCACAUUCGUAUCAGCAGAGGAAACUGAAUAAUCUCUUGCCGCUAUCCCAGCAUGCAGCAUCCGAUUUGUCAUUUCUUUCUGGUACUUUCUUUUUCAGUGUUGGUAGCUCGUGGGUUAUAGAGGCCCCACUGGCAUCCUGUGACGUCAAUACUGCAAUGACUCAGCCGAGCAAUCUCCACCGCCCCUCGGUCCUUAAGUCUGUCAGCCUGAGAAACCUCAAUGAAUCCCCUCUUUCUACAGCACUUUUCUUACAUAACCGCCAAAUCCUUAUUCAAGCUUAUAUGAAGUGGUUCUUCAGCCCACAUUAAGCAGUUCUGCUGAUUCUGCUCUUUUUGGGAGCUUGUUAAUCUGAUCUGAAAGCCUCUGACAAAAACUACAGCAUAAUGAGGGCAGAGGGGUAAAUUAAGGCCUUGGACUUCUCUGACAGCCAUUUGUCUUCAUAAAUCUUUUUUUUAUUUUAACCUUCAAACAUGAAGCACCGUAACUGUGUUUUUGCAUGUUCCCUUCCUCUCAGGUGGCCACUGGUUUUCAGUUAACUUAGUAUGGUAUCAAAAUCAACGUGCAAAUACAAUGCAACUUGCUUUGAAGCACUGAAAUACAGUAUAUCCGACGUCCCUUUGGCGGUAACCCUGAAUGUCGGUUCAAUCCAUUUGCAUACCGAAGGUGAAUCGAUACUUUGAAGAAGAAAAAAAAAGACAAAAUUCUGCUUUAUUGUUUUGUGUUCCAUCAGUUCAGCACAGAACUAAACUGGGGCUUAAACCUGAACAAAUUAAGAAACCAGAACCUGAUCCAAAGACCAAAGCCAAAUUUCUAUAAAUAUGUAUAUAUACUAUAUAUCACCUGUCACCUAUUACUGAACAUUAGCCAGGCUAACACACUUUCCCUCUACCCACUCAGCAUUGCAUCUCUGUCAACACAGGGGAAAGUGGGUUACAGAUGAUUGAAACAGUAAAGAAAGAAGUUUCUAUAUAAAUGAACUUUAAAAACUAACCCGGUGCAUACCUCUCCCUGUAUGCUUGCUCAACUGGGAUUGGAUGUGCAAAUGUUCACCUUCUUUGCUUUGAAUAAUGGGGCUACUUAAUCAACCAAAAAAAGCAUGCUUUAAUUCAAUUGUUUGACUUUCCAAAUAUAAAUAAUAUUGUAACCUUAAACAUUUUGUCCUAUAGGUCCGUUCUGUAAUCUAUUCAAGUGAAUCUUCUAGCUUUAAUUAGUUUGACUAACAAACAGGAACCAAUAACCUUUCUUUGUUUUCUAGUGAGGAGCCACCUGGAAUCCUGACCUUUGACCUCCUGGUCCCACAGUGUCUAGACAUCCGAACCUCACAAUAGUGUAAAUGUGGCACAAACUGCUGUACCGUGUUGAUAACAGUCUCACCACUGCGAGCAACACUUUGUGCCUCUAUGACUUUCCUUUUUAGGCAAAAGUGAAUGUGCCAAAUCAAUGGUUCUGUUAGAAAUCCCUUUAAUAAGAGGGGGAUAUAGUCUGCGUUUUUGUGUGUUAAGAUCAUUGAACCACUGUGGUUAUAUAGAACACUAGGAUGCCGUUUCCUAUCUUGUUAUUUGCACUUUGCUGCUAACUUAACAGUGCUAACAAAGAAAAUAGAGUUUGAUGUCUGAAUUUCCCUGAAAAAUGUUCAUAUGUUAUCAGCGGCUGGAUCCCUGAGGAAAAAUAUUUUCUAGUAUCGUAAUUAGCAACGGGGAAAGAUAAUGCUGUUAUUUUAAAUCAUAUUUUUACAUAGAGCAGAUUUGAGAAAUGAUUUUGUUAAGGCAUUCAAGUGUAAAACAGGGUGUAAAAACCAAAUAAACUUUAUGUAAAACUAAUUUUCCAAAUUCGCGUCGAACAGUAAAUCUUUAUUACAGAAGAUGAUUCAUUUGUGCUAUUUUUAAACUCAGAUCUGCUAUAUUCCUUAUUCAUUAAGGUACAUUUAAGGUACAUUUGAUCUAUUGAUUUAUUAAAACUAACGCCUGCUUUAAACAUUUUUUAAUCCUGGAGAUAUACGACGACCAUAUUGUAUUUUAUUCAACCGUCUCUUCUUUUCAGCUUCAAAUGUUUGAAAAUCUUUACUUUUGUGUGAUUUAUAGGCCUACAAUUGUAUUAUAGUGACUUGUGUCUGAACUUGUAUCUGUGAAAUAAAUAAAAAGCAUAUGUUAUUAUA